AUGUCGUACCCCUUCGAAUACGGACACGUACAGCGUGCUCUGCUCAUGACGAGCUGCAUGACUAUCGUCAUGAGCCAGCUAAAUCUAAGUGACGAGACUCUGGUCUUCUACCGCAUGCUGAAAUCGGUCACCAUCGGAGGUAUCACCCUCAUCACACUUGCGCACAUGCUCACCACCUAUCACGCCUCGGAAGUGGCGGCCGCGGAAAAGCUGAAGGAGGUACCUCAAAGGCUGAUCGCCGCCGCCAAGGAGGCCAGGGAGCAAGAAGCCAAGGCGAGCGUAUCGAUCUCCAGGUUACCUGUCUGGGAGGAUGAUGGGAGUCAUCCGAGUCAUGUUCUUACUACCGUCGACGCUAAACCUAGACUAUUCCCUUUCCCUUUGGGAAAAGCAUCAGCAGAUGGUCCCAACUUGUAUUUCGAAUCUGGUCUUGCUCCGAAAAUUGGCGACUUCUCCAAAGGUCGAGGUGAAGCCUAUCAGACACGUCUUGCGGCCGCACAGAAGUCGCAAAAUGAUGAAGGCUCCGUCGAGAGCAAGCGGACCGAAGCGAUCAGGAAGUACGAGUAUCAGCAACGCAGGAAGCAGUGGAAGCGCAGACUCGCUCAUCUCAAAGCGCUGUGUAUCGUCAUCAUCGUGGCCUAUAUCAACCAAAAGAUGGCUCUCAUGGCUUUGGCAGUACUCAUCUGGAAGACCCUCAACGCCGAGCUGGCUCGUCUUUCGCAAGCACCCCUUGGCAAAGACCCUCACGAAGAGUUUGCAGCUCGAUUCGGAACGCGUACUACUCCAAGCAAUAUCGGCAUGACCUAUUUGUAUCAACCGGACGCCGAGGAGAAACGUGGCCUGGCACCGUUGGCAGAGGUACCGCUUCGAGGACCGAUCCGGCCGCUGCUUACGACUACGGACGACCGUUUCGCCGGACGGAUGGCUCUGGUAGGAGAUGCCGAAAAGGAGGGUAUCAACUCGAGUCGUUUCGGAAAGGGAGGCGGGUCGAGUGGCAAAGGAGGCGAUAUGGGCGGCAGUGCCAGCGACGGCGGCAGUACACCUUGA